CAGUCCGCUGAUGACGUCACUGUGCGGGGUUUCCGAGUGGAGCGAAUGUACGGCGUCAUGGCGGAGACCGGCUGUCCGAACAUCCUGGAAUGAAAUGCCCGCUUUACUCCGUCUCACUUGACCAGCCAGCUUGGGAUUUCUAACUCCAUUUCAGUGUGAAGGACGUAGCAGUAUACAUAAUAUAUAUAUUUGAGCCACGUCUACAUUCUAGACGUUAGGAUGGCAGGACGUAGCGAGGAUGAAAGUGUCAGCAACAGCAGUGGAGAAUCAAGCAAUUCUGAUGAUGAAUCAGGUUCUGGAUCCCGAUCAGCAUCCAAGUCAGGUUCAGGUUCCAGUUCGAGCUCCUCCAGCAGCAGCAGCCGGUCAGGAAGCAGUGACUCAGGAAGCGGCUCAGACUCUGGCAGCGGGUCCGAUUCUGAGACAGAAAAAUCCAAGGAAAAGAUUGAACCCCCAAAUAAGUCCAACAUUGACGGCGCUGAUUUCUGGAAGUCCAAUCCAAGUAUUCUAGCAGUGCAACGAUCUGCUAUGCUCAGGAAACAGCAGCAGCAGCAACAGCAGCAGAGACAAAGCUCCUCAAAUACUGGAUCUGAUGAGGACUCAUCAAGUAGCGAUGAAUCAGACUCAUCAAGUGGAUCCAAAAGGAGAAGAAAUUCUGGCUCUUCUGACUCUGGAUCGGGAAGUGGAUCUGGAUCCGACUCGUCUGUGGAAAAGAACAGUGAUGAAACGGCAUCAGACUAUGAGCCCUGUCACACCAUCAAAAGUCAAAAGCCACCCACCAAGGUUAAUUUUCGUAAUGGCAAGAGCAGCUCCCAGAACAAGAAAUCCCAGAAACGUUCGUCUUCAGACGAUGAGGACGACGAUUAUCAAAAGGGAGCCUCUGCUGGGCCACGGCGGCAGGCUACAGUCAACAUCAGCUACAAGGAAGAUGAGGAACUGAAGACCGACUCUGAUGACCUGGUGGAAGUUCUUGGGGAAGAUGUCCCACAACCUGAGGAAGAUGAAUUUGAAACACUGGAGAGAGUGAUGGAUAGCAGAAGUGGAAGGAAAAGGGCGGUAGGAAGCGUAACUACGGUAUAUGCUGUAGAAGCUGAUGGAGACCCUAAUACCAAUUUCAACCCCAACAAGGAGUUAGGGGAACACCAGUAUCUAAUCAAGUGGAAAAACUGGGCACAUAUUCAUAACACGUGGGAGACUGAGGAGACCCUUAAGUUGCAGAACGUCAGGGGUAUGAAGAAACUGGACAAUUUUAAGAAGAAGGAACAGGAGAAAAAGAAAUGGUUAAAGACGGCAUCACCAGAAGACAUCGAAUAUGUCAGUUGUCAGGAAGAACUCAUUGAUGACCUGCACUCUCAGUACCAGCUUGUGGAGAGAAUCAUAGGUCAUUCCAACCAAAAGUCAGCUGCUGGUUUCCCAGACUACUUGUGCAAGUGGCAGGGAUUGCCAUACUCCGAAUGCAGCUGGGAAGAUGGAGCUCUGAUUUCUAAGAAGUUCCAAAAAUGUAUUGACGACUACAUGAGCAGAAACCAGUCAAAGAACAUUCCAUCCAGAGAGUGCAAGGUUCUGAAACAGAGACCCAGAUUUGUUCCUAUGAAAAAGCAGCCACAUUACAUUGGAGGUGAUGGGCUAGAACUCCGGGACUACCAAUUGGACAGUUUAAACUGGAUGGCCCACUCCUGGUGCAAAGGCAACAGCUGCAUCCUUGCUGAUGAGAUGGGUUUAGGGAAGACCAUCCAGACCAUCUCUUUUCUCAACUAUAUGUUUAAUGACCACCAGCUAUACGGGCCCUUCUUGUUGGUUGUACCCCUCUCUACCUUAACAUCGUGGCAAAGAGAAAUCCAACUUUGGGCUCCUCAGAUGAAUAUUGUUGUCUACCUGGGAGAUAUUCGAAGUCGCAAUAUGAUCAGGACACACGAGUGGAUGCAUGUCCAUGCCAAGAGGCUGAAAUUCAACAUCCUGCUUACCACAUAUGAAAUUCUUCUUAAAGACAAGUCUUUUUUGGGAAACGUUAAUUGGGCCUUCAUUGGCGUGGAUGAGGCCCAUCGACUGAAAAAUGAUGACUCUCUCCUCUACAAAACCAUGAUUGACUUCAAGUCUAAUCACAGGCUUUUGAUCACAGGAACCCCAUUGCAGAACUCUCUCAAAGAGCUCUGGUCCCUUCUGCACUUCAUUAUGCCAGAAAAGUUUUACUCGUGGGAGUUAUUUGAAGAGGAACAUGGUAAAGGACGGGAUUCUGGCUACACUAGUCUGCACAAAGAACUAGAACCUUUUCUUCUACGCAGAGUCAAGAAAGAUGUGGAGAAAUCUCUCCCUGCCAAAGUGGAGCAGAUCCUCAGAGUGGAAAUGAGCGCUAUCCAGAAACAGUAUUACAAAUGGAUUCUGACCAGAAACUACAAGGCUUUGAGUAAAGGUACCAAAGGCAGCACUUCCGGUUUCCUAAAUAUCAUGAUGGAGUUGAAGAAGUGCUGUAACCACUGUUAUCUCAUCAAACCUCCCGAGGACAACGAAUUUCUCAACAGAGCUGAAGCAUUACAGCAUCUCAUUCGCAGCAGUGGGAAGCUGAUUCUUUUGGACAAAUUGCUGGUGCGUUUAAAAGAGCGAGGCCACAGAGUUUUGAUAUUUUCCCAGAUGGUUCGGAUGCUGGAUAUCCUUGCCGAUUACCUGAGAAGCCGACAGUUUCUCUUUCAGCGAUUAGAUGGCUCCAUCAAGGGUGAAAUGAGGAAACAAGCUUUGGAUCAUUUUAAUGCAGAUGGCUCGGAGGAUUUCUGCUUCCUAUUAUCCACACGUGCAGGCGGCCUGGGUAUCAACCUGGCUUCCGCUGACACAGUUGUCAUCUUUGACUCAGAUUGGAACCCACAAAAUGAUCUCCAAGCCCAGGCCAGAGCCCAUAGAAUUGGACAAAAGAGACAAGUUAACAUCUACCGUCUGGUGACAAAGAGUUCAGUGGAGGAGGAAAUCAUUGAGCGAGCAAAGAAGAAGAUGGUGCUGGAUCACCUUGUCAUUCAGAGGAUGGAUACGACAGGGAAAACAGUCCUCCACACGGGCACUGCUCCCUCCAGUUCAGCACCAUUUAACAAGGAAGAGUUGUCUGCCAUCCUGAAAUUUGGUGCCGAGGAACUUUUCAAAGAGCUGGAGGGCGAGGAGCAGGAACCACAGGAAAUGGAUAUUGAUGAGAUUCUUAAAAGAGCUGAAACCAGAGAGAAUGAUCCUGGACCUUCCACCGUGGGAGAAGAACUGCUGUCUCAGUUCAAGGUAGCGAACUUCACCAUGAUGGAUGAAGAGGAAAUAGAAAUGGACUCGGAGCGUAGCCAUCGAAGUUGGGAUGACAUCAUUCCUGAAGAGCAGAGGAGGAGGAUGGAGGAGGAGGAGAGGCAGAAGGAGCUGGAGGAGAUCUACAUGCUGCCACGCAUGAGGAACUGUGCCAAACAGAUAAGCUUUAAUGCAAAUGCGGGCAGAAGGCAGGGCCGAAGCAGGAGAUACUCCGGGUCAGACAGUGACUCCCACUCAGAUCGAAAGAGGCCAAAGAAACGUGGCCGGCCUCGUACUAUUCCGCGUGAAAAUAUCAAGGGCUUCAGUGAUGCUGAAAUCCGGAGGUUUGUCAAGAGUUACAAGAAAUUUGGUGGACCGCUGGAAAGGUUGGAUGCUAUUGCUCGUGAUGCCGAACUUGUGGAUAAGUCUGAACAUGACCUGAAACGCUUGGCUGAAACUGUCCACAACGGCUGUUUGAGAACACUACGCGAGAACCCAUGUGGACCUGAAAGAAAUUCUGGGGGCAGGAGAGGGAAGGUAAAAGGUCCCACAUUCAGGAUCUCCGGUGUCCAAGUCAACGCCAAGCUUGUUAUCUCUCAUGAGGAAGAGCUUGCUCCGCUUCACAAAGCCAUUCCUGAGGACGCUGAAGAGAGAAAGAAGUACAUGAUUCCAUGCCACUCGAAGGCAGCACACUUUGAUAUUGAGUGGGGGAAGGAGGAUGACUCCAGCCUCCUCAUUGGCAUCUAUGAGUACGGUUAUGGCAGCUGGGAGAUGAUCAAAAUGGACCCAGACCUCAAUCUUACACACAAGCUCUUACCAGAUGACCCUGACAAGAAACCACAGGCCAAGCAGCUCCAGACCAGAGCAGACUACCUCAUCAAGUUACUGAGCAAAGAUCUCGCCAAAAAAGAAGCUCAGAAACAAGCAGGGACAGCAAAUUCUCGAAAGAGGAAGCCAAGAAGCAAAAAGAGCAAAACUUUGAAGCCAACUCCAAUAGAUGAGAUAAUGAAGAGUGCAUCCUCAGAUCCUCCAUCAGACAAGAGGUCGGAUGAUGAGGACGAAAUAGAGGAGGAAAAGUUCCAGGAAGUAGAUCCAGUUAAGGCUCCAAGCAGAAGAAGCAGAGCAGACAGGAUAACAGGGACGGAAGACAACGAGGCACACGAAGAAGACGACGACGAGGAUGAUGAUGAGGAGGAGGAGGAAGAUGAAGAAGAGGAGGAGGCUCGUCAAGAAGAAGGCUCUUCAUCUGGUGAGAGAGAGGUGCUAAAAGAAACAAAAGAAUGCACAAAGGAAGAAAGUUGGGAUGGAAAAGACACAAAGGAGCUAAAAGAGAACCCUUUGGAAGCGGUAAUUAAGCAAGAGGACGCUGUGGAAAAUCUGAGUGAGAACAAAGCUGAGCUCAGAGAACGGAUAAAGAAAGCACCUGAUGUGCCAGUCCUCAUAUCAGCAGGUGGAGAGAACCUACAAGGCCUGGAGGAGUCCGAAGAACUAGACCAAAAAACCUUUAGCGUGUGUAAAGAAAGAAUGCGACCUGUCAAGGCAGCACUCAAGCAGUUGGACCGACCAGAAAAGGGACUGUCAGAGCGUGAGCAGCUGGAACAUACCCGGCAAUGUCUCAUCAAGAUUGGAGACCACAUCACUGAGUGUCUCAAGGAGUAUUCCAACCCUGAACUCAUCAAACAGUGGAGAAAAAACCUGUGGAUAUUUGUUUCUAAAUUCACUGAGUUCGAUGCCAGGAAGUUGCAUAAACUGUACAAGCACGCCAUCAAGAAGAGACAAGAAAACGCUCAAGCAGCAGAGCAAAACACUAGAACAGUGGGCUUUAAACACGCAGAUAUUGAUCGGCUGAGGGACAGCUGUCACCAGGAUGACAGCAGCAGGGACAGUUACAGCUCAGACAGACAUCAGCCCACAGUUCGCCAUCAUGACACCAGCAGGGACAGACACAGCUCGGAGGCUCCCAGGAAGACUGCGGGCGAUUCAAGGAAAAGGUCCUACUCCUCAUUCAGUAAUGGCAAAGACCACCGAGACCACUACAGACCUGACAGUAGGGACAGACAAGACAGGCAUUACAGUGACGGCAAGCAAAGGAAGCUGGAGGAAGUGCGCUCCAGCAGAGACCAACGGCCAGACUUAAAGGACUUUCUCCACUCGGACCAGCGCUCGUCCUACCGCUACCACUCGGACUGGCAGACGGAGCAGAGGGCGUCGGCCAGCGGGCCGCGCUCUCCCCGAGACCAGCGCUCCCCUUAUGACUAUUCUUCGGAUCACAAGAGCACGCCAGAGCAGAUCUGGAGCAGCCGCAAAACAUAACGGCCGCUGGCGUCUGCCGCUGGCAGCCUUGAACUCUCCAACACAGCCGAUGCCUUACAGGACGCUGUAUAAGCACUCAUUCUGGACAGCCUGGGAGACAAACGCUACGCAGCGUGGACAAAGAAUCAGAGCCUAUUUUUGUAUUUAAGAAAGCUGCAUGCAGCACACUUUUUUGUUAUUUUUAUAUGAAAACGUUCUCUUUUUUUUUUCUUUUUCUUUUUUUUUUUUACCUCCGGUCACAACAGACCCCGAGCACUGCCUCAUAUUCCAUCAAAUCAAGACACUGGAUGUUUGCUCACGUGGAUCAUACAAUGUGAUUUUUACCUUAUUUAAGUGUUAUGGGGUAGAAGCGUCACUUGUCAUCACCGUCAUGUUCAGAGCUGACCUUCAAUCCAGUCUGGGCUCAGGCUGACCACCUGAAGUACCUCAUUUUCACCAUUUCUCAUUCCUUUGCUUCCCCCAUCACCACCUGAUCAUUAUUAUUUAAGAAUGACACAUAGUAUGUGUAAAAAAAAUGACUGCAUUUGAUGUUUCUUGUAUUUCCCUUGGAUGACAACUUUGUAAAUGGAUGUAAAAUAGUAAAUGGGUGGUCCUUUUCCUCAGGCUUUUUUAGAUUGAUUAAGAUUCUACUUUUCUCCAUCAACUCAGGCUUUUGUUGUUCUUUUCUGUACGAUAGUUCUUUCAUGACGAUGCUUUCAGAAUGUGACUUUUUGCUAAAGGGAAACUUCUUACUAUUUUUGCUUUUAGUGCUUAUGCUUGAAAGUCGGUCAAGCUGCAAGAACUGACUUAUAAAAUCAGUCUAAAAAGUCCUGCUAGAACUUUGACUUGUGUUUUCCUCAGAUGUUUUGAGUGUAGGCAAUAAUGAUAAUAAUGUCAAUCUUCUAUGCAGCCAAGUAUAUUUGUGGUGAAGCACCCACCUGAAUGAAGUCACUGUUACGGUUCACACUGUUGUGUUGUACAUACCUUUCCUAUAUAUUUCACGAGAGUGCAUGGAUUUUUAUCAGCUGUUUUUAUAUAGUUGUUAAUGAAGCCAUUAAAAUCAAUCACUGUACUCACUUGGAACAA